AUGAGAGAUGAAAUUGCUGCCACGGUUUUCUUCAUCACAAAGUUGGUGAAGAAGGAAGAAAAGCUGAGCAAGCAUGAAAUUGAUAAGUUUGCAGCACAGCUGACCAUGGUCCUGUUUGAAAAGUACAGAAAUCACUGGUACCUGGACAAUCCAUCCCGAGGCCAAGCCUUCAGGUGUAUCAGGAUCAACAAACAACAGGCACGGGAUCCCCUGCUGGAGCAGGCUUGUGUGGAGAGCGACGUGGACUUCAGCCUGCUGGGCUUGCCCAAGGAGAUGACGCUGUGGGUGGAUCCCUUCGAGGUGUGUUGCAGGUACGGAGAGAGGAACCGGCCCUUCACCGUGGCACGCUUUGAUGGGGAGGAGAACUCUGAGCUGCCCCAGCAGAUCAGCCUGGCCGUGGGCAGGGCGGCCCUGGACUAUCAGUCGGGCAGCUCCUCGGAUGAGGAGAGCUUCAGCAAGCAGCCCAAAGCCAUCCCCACCGUCAGCAACCCCAACAGCGUCUACCAGUUUGGUGACUUCUACAAGGCUGCCCCACAGGCCUGGUGGCUGUACCUGCACAGGAGGCCCCACGUGGCCGAGGGAUUCCAUUUUGGCCAGCACAGGGCCUCCAGGACCUACAGGCCCACGGCCGCUUUCGCUGGCCCGCGUGUGGACAGGUACCACUGGGUCAACAACAAGAGGUAG